AAGCUUCUUCCACUGGUACUCGGAUUUGACAUCCAUAGGACAUCAAUACUCGGGAUUCAUAUUCGCUGCAUCGAGUAACUUCAGCCUGCGCUUGCAAGACACUUUGCUAUGCCCCAGAUUCGUAAAAAAACGUCCAAGCGAGGGACGACGCACCAACGUCAAAAGUUGAAGCAUAAGGUCUCACAGGGCAGAAAGAAAGCUAAGAAAGAGGCUAGGAAAGAACAGGCUGCUGGAAAAACCCACAAGAAAUCCAAAAAAGAUCCUGGAAUCCCGAACAAUUUUCCCUACAAGGAUCAGAUACUCGCGGAAGUUGCAGAGUCACGACGUCAAGCCGCAGAGGAAAAGCAGCGACGUAAAAAUGAAAAGCGUGCCGCUCUUACUGGACUCGACGUCAAAGACGUCGAGGAUUCUCAAAAAAACAUCAUGGAUGUUGACGUCGACGAAAAUCAAAAUGAUGGGCAAGGGUUUGAUGGUAUUAUGUCCAUUCGUCCCGCACCUCUAGUGCCACCCAAAAAGAAGUCCGUAGAACCUUCGAAUUCAGAACCUGUCAUACCGGUUACCGAAGGACCUCAAUCUCUCCGCGAGGUAUUGCAAAAAGCGGACGUUCUCCUGCAUGUAGUGGAUGCACGGGAUCCUGCAGCAGGCCUCAGUGAAACUUUGUUUAAAGAAGCGACAGGCAAAGAUAUCAUACUCAUCGUGAACAAGAUUGAUUCCGUACCACGAGAAUCUCUGGUGUCAUGGCUGUCCCACUUGCGAUCAACGUAUACCACCCUGCCUUUUCGCGUGGCGGAAGCUUUCUUACCAUCCAAACCCAACCCGCCCCCGGCAUCGAAGAAGAUUUCUCUUAAAUUGGACGAUGCGCUUGGCUCAGACGCAGUUUGGCAGCAGCUUAGCAAGCUCAAAGCCAAAAAAUCUGGUGAGGAGUUGGUUGUGGCCCUAACGGGAGUUACCAAUUCUGGCAAAUCAGCGGUCAUCAAUUCUCUUGCACAUGCAAAUCUAUUACCCAUUUACAAUCUCAAUUCUGCGAUCUCUGCAAAAGGCCCUUACACGACCACAUCAGCAAGCGAGCUGGUCUUGGAGUUUCCUGACAAAAAAGGGGGGAAAGUGCGGUUGAUUGAUACUCCAGGAUUGGAAUAUGUCCGUGCAGAGGGUGUAGAAGAGCAGGAGAAGGAAAUGACGAGAGCAAGAGACAUCCUGCUUCGAAGUCGAGGGCGGAUCGAUCGACUCAAAGACCCAUUGUUUGCUGUUGCGCAUAUAGUGUCUCGAGCAGAUAUCCAGGAUUUGAUGCUGGCAUAUAGCUUGCCUGCAUUUUCGAAGGGCGACCUGACCUCAUUCCUUGCUGGAAUGGCACGUGCAAGCGGGCUUAUCAAAAAGCGUGGUGUCCUGGAUCAUGCAGGUGCAGCACGCAUUGUCCUCAGAGAUUGGAGUAUCGGAAAAUUCGCGAGGUAUACCAUGCCAUUAGGGUCAUCGACUACCUCCUCUUCAACAAACGACGAGGGAAUUAUGGCAACGCUGAAGAGCCGGAAAGAACUACGGAAAGCGGAAGAUGUGAAACUUGUACAGUUGCAACCUGGCGAAGCAGAGAAGAGGGAGGUGUUAUUGGAUGAUGUGUGGAUUGUUGACGAAGAAGUCAGCGAGGAUGAGGCCGAUGAUGAGGAUGCCGGAGAUGAAGAGGCAAGCGGAGAUGAGGACGGUGAUGAAGACGAAGCCGAUCAAGGCAGCGAUCCCGAGAGUGGUGAGGAAGAGGUUGAUGAAGAGGAGGUGCCUGAACUGUUGCCCCCGCCUAAACGAAAGCGAACGGUAUCCUUUGCUGUUGUUUCAGCUGGAGGGAAGCGGCAGCGAAGGACCGGCCGUAGCUGAAGUCACCGGUGACUUACUGUAUACAUGACGUACAAGACAUGCUGUGUCGAAGAGCGUGGGUUUUGAUUCUGACUUGUUUUGCACGCUCC